AUGUGGGACGAAGGCACUGAUUCUAGGCUUGGAGUUGGAUUCCGACUUGGUCAGCACGCCGACUUUCAAACAUUGGUUGAAUUUGGACCGCAGAUAGAAACUGGUAAAAUUGGUAAUACAGAUUCGAAACAAAGGCGACAAGCAGUGCUGGAUGCGACGAUGGAUAACGAUGGGAGACUCAUGAGAAAGUCAAUGACUAAAGUAGAUACUGCUAAUAGAAGGCUUAAGAAUAAGACUAAUUCGAAGGAUAUUGCUGAAAUAAAGGAUGAUCCGGCAAGCUGGUUAAUGAAAUGGAACCUUGAAAUGUCCGAGUUGAAGAGCGGCCAAACUCCCCUCGGAACUUCAUAUAUUCAACGGAUCCGAAUGAUUUAAGAAAGGAAAAUAUUUUACUCUGCAUAAUUAUGAUGGCGAAUAUUCAGUGAGCUAACGUGGCGAAUAAAUAUAUAUUUUUUCGUAGACUUGAGCAAUAUAUUCACAUGUAAAUACAUUAAAAAUGAAAUAAAUGCAAGUUUCUCUUAUA